ACGUCUUCACGUUUGAACGUGAGUCGCGGGAUCAAGCAGCUGCGAGUCCUUACAGCAACACUGACAACUUAGUGAUAGAAAACACACGUUUAAGAGACAACACCAAAUGUUAUCGUCAUUGGACGGCUUUAGACGUGUUGUUGGAUUGUAAUGACCGUUCGCACUGAUGGUGAAUUCUCAUGCCCGCCAUGAGCUGCAAAUUAAGUGGGCUUUUCAGCAUUGGUGAGGACUUUGACGAUGAGGACCUGCUGGCGUCAGAGUGGGCUGUCCGACCCCCAACCACCCCGUGUGCCCUCUCUGAGGGCCUCAGAGAGUCUGGUACAAACCUCCAGCCAAGCAGAGCGAGUCCAGCGUCCCUCCGUCCUUGCUCGGCAUCAAGCGCCUCCUCAGAAACUGUUGCUCCGAGUUUGAGGAAGCUCUCCUCCAUCGUCGAGGCUCGCCCCCCCAAUUCACAUGCACCUGAGCCCCACUCGGCACUGGGCUGGGGGGCGCACCAGAAUCCCCCCGUGGUCCAGGAUGACUUUGAUGAUUGGGAUGUAGACCUGGCAGAUUUGGAGGAGUGUGAUCGUCAAGUGGGGUCCUUGGCACCAGUCCCCAUAGUCCAAACGCUGCGGCCUCUAACCAUUGGAGGGACCCAAAGAAUGCCAAUCUCGACAUCUAGUCCAAGUGUAGCCCCUCUGUACCACCGCCCUGUCCUUCCACAGAGUCCUACAGUUUUCCCGGGUCUCACUGUGUCCUCGCCUGGCCCCAUCCACCCUUCCAGGACCCUCAACAAGCCUCAUCAGGCAGCGUGGAACACCCCAGGAACUUUCUCCCGCCCGGCCUUGCCGCAGAGUCCUGCUGUUUUCCCGGGUCUCACUGUGUCCUCGCCUUCCCCCAGCCCUCUUCCCAGGACCUUCAACAGGCCUCAUCACGCAGCCACCCCGAGACCCUCCCCGGCCCGCAGCCUCUUUGAAACGGUUUCUUCGCUGUCCCCUGCCUUCAGCCCACACCCCCUCAGCACGCCGGUCCUCACCAAUCGCCUGGUCCAGCUGGUGUCCGCCUCCAGCAAGGUGUUCAGGAAGAGGCCUCGCUCCGAGCCACACCAGCCCAGAACGCGACGCUUUCCGGGCCCCGCGGGACUUCUUCCAGAGCAGCCACACGGUCAAAGUCUGGAUGAGGUUGUCGUGUCUGUUCCUCAAACUCCCGCUCACGGCGUGAAGGCCCGCCUUCCAGACCACGUUGACAGCUCGCAGACGGAGGAGGAGGAGUUCAGUGGCGGUGCCUGGGCGGCGAUGAAGGCCGAGACGGGCUUGGACGAGCGGAACCCGUCGUGCUUCCUGAGCUCCUACAGCGUGGUCAUGGUGCUCCGCAAGGCCGCGCUGAAGCAGCUCGCCAAGAACAAGGUUCCGAACAUGGCGGUGCUGCUGAAGAACAUCAACCACACGCACACCGACGCCAAGGCGGUGUUCAGAGAUCCGACAGGCGAGAUGCAGGGCACAGUGCACCGCCGCCUCCUGGAGGACCGCUUGGGAGAGCUUAAGGUCGGCGCCGUGCUGCUGCUGAAACGAGUGAGCGUGUUCUCGCCCUCGCAUCGCAACCAUUACCUCAACGUGACGCCCAACAACCUGCUCAGGAUUUACCCUCCCGACGGGGCCGUCACCCCGCUCCCCCCGCUGGUGCUGGAGCCGACGACGUUGUCCCCCGGUGUCCCCCAGCAGCACAUGUCUGGCAUGCAGCUGGUGUUUGACGAGGAGGACGAGGAGGGAGGUGGAGGACAAGCUCAAAUACAAAGUGUCCAGCACGAUCCAGGCUGGGACGCAGAUGACCUGGACGAACUCCUGGGUGCCAUCCCUGAGGACUCCUACAGUCUGUGACGUGCACUCACCACACACUUUAUUCAACUCAAUGCUUCCUCUUUUCUCUUUGAUAUCAUGUUAAAAACUCCAGAGAUACGUGCCCUUUUUGUUGAAAAACUGCAUUGAUGACAGCAUAAAAAACAUAACCUCAUAA